AGUAAGAUAUAAAAAAAAAAGAGGGUGACUGAGUGAGACCAAGAUAAUGAGAGAGAGAGAGAGAGAGAGGGGUUAAGGUAAGAGAAUAAGAAGAGAUAUUCUUUUUAGCCAUCAUAGUUUUUGGUGUUUUCUUUUGAAAUCAAACAAAGGCAAAACCAGAUCUCUGUAAGAAGAGUCCGAAGUUAGUUUUGGACUAUAUUAAAUUUAGUGGGUGAGUGUGUGGUUAUUAGAUUCAAAACUCGACUUGGGUAUCUUCUUGUUUUUUGGCAGAAUUAGAGAAAGAAAGUGAGAGAAAGAAAGAAAAUUAGUAGCUAUAUAUUUUGAAUACACCAAAGUUUUUUAGCUGUUUGUGUUUGGAGAAACUCUUGUUUUUUUGUUUGUACAGUUCUAUCUGUUUUUGCAAGCUUUCUUAGUUUGGUGUAUGUGACAAAAGUUUCACUUAAAGUUAAACUUCAAUUUAGAUAUACAAAUGAUGUCUGGUGAAGCUUUCUCAAUUCCCAGUUCUUUACCGGGGUUUGCUCUUCAAGAACAGAAUGCAAACCCUAACCCUAAACCUAAUCCUAAUCCAGCUGCCAAGAAGAAGAGAAAUUUGCCUGGAACACCAGAUCCAGAUGCUGAGGUUAUUGCUUUAUCUCCGAAGACUCUUAUGGCUACAAACCGAUUCGUAUGCGAAAUAUGCAAUAAAGGUUUCCAAAGAGAUCAAAACUUGCAGCUCCAUCGAAGAGGUCAUAAUCUUCCAUGGAAGUUAAGGCAACGAACGAACAAAGAAGUCAAAAAGAAAGUUUAUAUAUGCCCGGAAAAGACCUGCGUUCACCAUGAUCCGUCAAGAGCUCUCGGUGAUCUCACCGGAAUAAAAAAGCAUUUCAGCAGAAAACAUGGAGAAAAGAAAUGGAAGUGUGAGAAAUGCUCAAAGAAAUAUGCAGUUCAAUCUGACUGGAAAGCUCACUCCAAGACUUGUGGGACUAGAGAAUAUAAAUGCGAUUGUGGAACUUUAUUUUCCAGGAAAGAUAGCUUCAUUACGCAUAGAGCCUUUUGUGAUGCAUUAGCUGAAGAAAGUUCAAGAAUCAAUUCAACUAUACCGACAAAUCUAAAUUUCAGGAAUGAUACAGUAGCAGUGAAUUUGCCUCCUGGAGUAGUUCCAGGCUCCGGAGUUGAAGAUAUUGCAGACAUUAAUGUUUCUCAAUUCAGUUCUGCGGGUUUUAGAGCAGAUUUUAAUGGGUAUCAAAAUCCUGGCUUAUCUUUGUGGCUAAAUCAAGCAAAUUCUCAGAUGAAUCCUGCUAAUACUCUCUAUCCAUCUUCGAGUUCAACUGGGUUGCCCAUUUAUGGUUCAUCAUCAAGCAAUACCAGUUUUGGUAAUUUAAGCCUAUCAGGAUUGGCUCAUGGAUUAAAAGAAGAAGAAGGUGACAAUAAAGGGACUAAUUUGGUGGAUUCUUCAUUGCCUUCUCUGUAUUCUGAUAACAAUAGCAAUCAAAAUAAGCAAUCAAAGUCAACUGGACCAAUGUCUGCUACUGCUCUUCUCCAAAAAGCAGCACAAAUGGGUUCUACAAGAUCAAAUAAUCAAUCUUUUUUCGCAAGUAAUAACCAUUAUGGAAUAAUGAGCUCAUCUUCUUCUUCAAAUGCGACGAACAUCAACUCUCUUAGUCAAGUUUUCCAAAAUGUUAGCAAUAAGCAACCUGGAGAGUUUAAUUUAACUGCAACACCAGGCAGUGUAGCUAUGCGAGAUUCAAUAAUGGCUUCAUCAACUAGUCUCGAUCAAGUUUUGAUUAUGCAAUCCAGUGGAAAACAUAAUGACCCAGUUCAGUUAAAGCUACAACAAGGUAAUUCAAGUUCUAUAGAGAAUGAUUUAACAAGAGAUUUUCUUGGAAUGAGUGGUGGUCAAUCUGGUCGUCCAUUUUUGCCUCAAGAUUUAGCUAAAUUUGCUUCAAUAAGCUCCGCCAUGGGUCUAAGCCAAUUCACUAGCAAUCCAUGAACGUGUAAAUUGUUAGAAUAUAUAUUUGUUAGAAUUAUAUA